UUUCCAGUUUUGGUGGCCUUGUGCCAUUUGCAUCAGAGUAAGUCUCGUCUCCAGUUUGAAAGUAGUUAUUUUCAAGUUUUAGCUGUUUUCUGAAAGCACAUUCAAGAUGAAAUCCGCAGUUUAUUGUUUGAUGUUUGUGGCCGUUUGUACUUUGUUGAUCAUGAAUGUGGAAUGUCGCUCUCCAAGGGUGUGUCCCGAAGAAUGUGAUCAGAGCACCUGUAAAAAAGUAUCCUGCAAAUGUGGGGCUUUCGAAGAUGAGUGCAACUGUUGUUCCAUUUGCUACAAGUGUCCUGGAGAGGUAUGCAGUACACUUCAAGGUGAUGCUUGUGCAGGUAGCACAAAAUGCAGACAUACCAGGGAGAUGAAUGCCGUAGAUCGCUACAACAGUCCUGGGGUAUGCAUGGAUCCUUCUGAAGGGUAUCCCUGAAGAAAUGGAACAGAAGAGCGUUCUCAUGCUUAAUCGUAGACUAAAAUGUUUAUAUUUGAAGAUUGUUAUUUUGUAACGUUUUCUCAAGGAAAAUUAAAUACUUCAAAGUAGAAAAC